AUGGGGCUUAUAAACAGUAGCUGGUUUCAGCCUCCCAUUCUCCUUCUAACAGGCAUCCCUGGUCUCGAAACUGUACAAAUCUGGAUCUCUAUUCCACUGGGUAUCAUGUACUUAAUUGCUGUGCUAGGGAACUGCAUCAUACUCUUUGUUAUCAAAAUCACACCCAGUCUUCAUGAGCCUCAGUAUAUCUUUCUUUCUAUGCUGGCAGCCACAGAUAUUGGCCUGUCUUUAUCAACUCUGCCCACAGUACUUAACGUUUUCCUCCUGAAUCACAGAGAGAUUGAAUUCCACUGUUGCCUGACACAGAUGUUCUUCAUCCAUACUUUUUCCUCCAUGGAAUCAGCCAUCUUGUUGGCUAUGGCUUUUGACCGUUUUGUGGCUAUCCGAAACCCACUGCACUAUACUGUGAUAUUAACCCAGUCCAGGAUUACUGGAAUGGGACUUGUGGCUGUGGUUAGGGGAGUGAUGUUAAUGGCUCCAUUGCCAAUCCUACUCAAGAGAUUGCCUUUCUGCAAGGGUAUCAUUCUAUCUCAUUGUUAUUGCUACCAUCCUGAUAUUAUGAAAUUGGCUUGUGGUCCUGUCAGAGUCAAUAUAAUCUAUGGGUUGUGCCUUGUUCUCUGCUCUUUUGGAGUUGACUCAAUAUUCAUUAUCAUUUCAUAUACCCUGAUUUUAAAAACAGUGUUGGGUAUUGCCUCAAAAGAUGGUCAGAUCAAGGCACUCAAUACUUGUGUUUCCCAUAUCUUUACUGUCUUCAUCUUUUAUGUACCACUCAUCGUACUGGCCUUAAUCCAUAGAUUUGGUAAAUUCACAUCUCCCCUUCUUCAUGUAACCAUGGCAAACCUCUUCCUCUUCUUAACUCCUGUUCUUAAUCCAUUAGUGUAUAGCUUAAAAACCAAACAGAUAAGAUCAGCUUUGCACAAGGCAUUCAAGGGCAGGGGAAAUACACUGAAGUAA